UUGAUUGUAAAAGGAACACCGUUAUGUUUCAUUGUGCAGAAUUCGUUCAUCAUUGGAGCUGAAGUGGAUCCGUCGAAGUAUGUGAGCACUGCGUCAGCUCUAGAUGUGCCUAUUCCCGGACUCAAUGAGGUAUUCGACUUCCAGGAAGAGACUCUCAUAAAACGAGACGAAGAGCUAGUCGACAUACGUCACACGCGAUUCUCAUUGCCUAUUCCUAGUACUGACCAGCGGCUGCCGUUUAAGGCAAGUCUCUUGGGGAGACCUGGUGUGCAUCUGCUGCACGCUAAAGCUCAUCUGUUCGAACGUUUCAAUGAUGUCAAUUUGAACUUCGCUCACGUUUUGCCGUCUAUAAACACUCAUCAAAUCAAAACUGAUGACAUCGUGGACGAAAUUAUUUUGAAUAGAGCGAAUCCCACCCUCGUUGGUUGA